AAAGCCUUCCAAAGAUAUACUAAUUAGUAAAUUACCUUCAAUCAACUCUACCUCUCUUACCUAACUCUUUAAUUUCCCCUCCAAAUUUCUUUGUUUUUCAUUGCUUUUAAUCAAAUCCCCGAAAAUCAUUGCUUCUCUAGAACUUACAGAAUGAGCAGAAAAGGGCACUCCCAUAACAAGUUGGUGAGAUUCAUCACAAUUCCUUUCAGAGCCUUGGGCAAAGCUAGGGAUCUUUAUGUUAAAAGCAUGACAAGCUGUGCUUCAAGGGUCAGCUUUGGGCAAGGCAGUGGUGAUUACUCAGGCCAAUAUUCAGGCUUGCCUAGGAGCUUUAGUGCAAGCUCUGCCACAUCUAGCCAUGAUAAUGAAGAUCUUAGAGACCUUAUUAGGGCUGCAUCGGUUAGAAGCUUGGGACAUAGGAAUGAAAUAGAGAUGUUCAUGCAAGAACAAUUGAAGCAGAUGAGAUCAUCGAAAGGGUUGCCAAAGAGUAGCAGUGUGGGGAUGGGGAGAAUUGAUGAAGAUAAGCCUUGUGAUGAUUUUGACGAAAAAGAUGAAGCUCCUGUUGAUAACAAGAAACAAGAUUCUUUGUUUAAAAGAAGUAGAACCUAUGCUUCUGUCACAAAAAGAACUAGUGUUGCUUUUGAUUCUUAUUGAUUUCUGUAACCUUUUUUUUUUUUCCCUUUUUGCAUGUAAAGGGAAGCAAAAAGAAUCUCUCUUUUUUCUUUUCUCUAUUUUUUAGCAAUUUUUGUUGUUUACAGAUGGUUUCAUUAGAAAGUUUAUGGAUUAUAGAAUUUAUAUGCAAAUGGAAUGAAUCUUCUCAUGUUUGCAGCGGGAAGAAAUACAAUUAUGUCCAAA